AUGGAAAAAAUUAAGUUAGGAUUUAUGGGUUUUGGUCAAAUGGGAUCUGCACUAGCAAAUGGAAUUGCCAAUUCUAAUAUAAUUAAAAGGGAAAAUAUUUAUUACCAUGCGCUAUCAAAAAAAAACACCACCUUGAAAUAUUUGAGCUCAAACGAAGAGGUAGCGCGUGAGUGUGAUAUAAUUAUCUGUGCAGUUAAGCCGGACCUUGCAAAUUCCGUUUUGAAUGAUAUUAAGCCCUACUUGACCUCCAAGUUGUUAAUUUCCAUAUGUGGUGGACUGAAUAUUGAAAAAUUAGAACAGAUGACUGGAGAAGAUGCCAAGAUCGUGUGGGUUAUGCCCAACACCCCUUGUUUAGUUGGAGAGGGUGCAUUUAUUUAUUGUGUAAAUAAAAAUGUGAAUGCUGUAGACAAAAAAAGAGUAAAUGAUAUUUUUAGUGCAUGUGGGGUUAUACAUGAAAUAAAGGAAAAGGAUAUGAACAUAGGAACAGCUAUAUCAGGUUGUGGACCUGCUUAUGUUUAUUUAUUUAUAGAAAGUUUAAUUGAUGCAGGCGUUAAAAAUGGCUUAACAAGGGAUUUAGCAAAGAAAUUAACUUUGCAAACUAUACUUGGCUCUGUUAAAAUGGUAGAGUCGUCAGAUCAACCCGUUCAACAGUUAAAGGACAACAUUUGUUCCCCUGGUGGUAUUACUGCUAUGGGAUUAUUUGUUCUCGAAAAAAACGGCUUCAAAUAUGGAAUCAUGGAUGCAGUAGAUUCUGCAUGCCUUAAGUCAAAGUCCAUGAGCUCAUGA